AUGACUCGACGGCUGACUCAUGCUGCGCCUGCCCCUCCAUCAAAAAGUCCAGACCUGGAAGCAACGCAGAAUCAAGACAAGACAACAACCUGCGACACGCGACUCGACAUGAACGGCGCCACCGACGAGAUCCUGCCAGUACCAGGCAAGAAGAAUGUCUUAAUCACCUCCGCGCUCCCCUAUGUGAACAACGUCCCCCACUUGGGAAACGUGAUCGGUCGGUAUUGCAAGGCACGCGGGCAUCCAACGCUAUUCGUAUGCGGCACAGACGAGUAUGGCACCGCCACCGAGACUAAGGCGAUAGAAGAGGGUCUCACACCUCAGGAGCUCUGCUCAAAGUACAACAAAAUCCACAAAGAGGUCUAUGACUGGUUUGAGAUCGGAUUCGACAAGUUUGGCCGAACACCUACACAGGAACAGACCGACAUUGCGCAGGACAUCUUCACAAAGCUUCACAAGAACGGCUACCUCGAGGAGCGAACAACAACACAACCCUACUGCGAAGCCGAGAACCAUCAAGCGUUCCUCGCAGACCGGUUCGUGGAGGGCGAGUGUCCGCUGUGCGGCUAUGGAGAUGCGAGAGGAGAUCAAUGCGACAAGUGCGGGCAUCUGCUAGAUCCUCUCGACCUCAUCAACCCGCGGUGCAAGCUGGAUGGCAGGUCCCCAGUGAAGAGGGAGACCAAGCAUGCUUUCAUAUUACUGGACAAGCUGCAAGAGAAGGUCACGAACUGGUCGCAGGAGAGCUUCGCAAAGGGCGGAUGGAGCGAGAAUGGUGUGAGCAUCACAAAUGCAUGGCUGAGCGAAGGGCUGAAACCAAGAGGCAUCACCAGAGAUCUCAAGUGGGGUACCGCCGUGCCUCUGCCUGGCUACGAGAACAAGGUCAUGUAUGUGUGGUUCGAUGCAUGCAUUGGCUAUGUCUCGAUCACUGCGACAUACACAAAGCACUGGGAGAAGUGGUGGCGGGACCCUGAGAAUGUGAAGCUCUACCAGUUCAUGGGCAAGGACAACGUGCCUUUCCAUUCAGUAGUCUUCCCUUGCUCUCAGCUCGGAACCGGUGACAAGUGGACCAUGGUCGACACCAUCUCUACUACAGAGUACCUCAACUACGAGCACGGCAAGUUCUCAAAGAGCAGAGGGAUUGGCGUGUUCGGGACCAGCGCAAAGGAGACUGGCAUCGCGCCUGACGUGUGGCGGUACUUCCUGCUUCUUCGAAGACCGGAGACCAGCGAUACUGAGUUCGAGUGGGACGGCUUCAUCGCCGCCAACAACAACGAGCUCGUGAACAACUUCGGCAACUUCGUCAACCGCAUCCUCAAGUUCGUCAACUCAGAAAAGACAUACAACUCCGUCAUCCCUGAACUACCCAACCUCGAAUCUCGAGACGACUACCAGACCAUCUCGAACCGACGGAAACAGCAUAUGGAAGAAGCAAACACCAUCCUCCAGACCUACCGUGACCAGAUGGACGCCGUUCGCCUAAAGGCCGGUCUCAUCUCUGCACGCGAGCUCUCCAGUCUUGGCAACAAGCUCCUGCAAGACAACCGCCUCGACAACACUCUCUUCAACAACGACCGCGCGCUCUGCGACACCGUCGUCAACCUCGCGGCGAACCACGUACACCUCCUCGCUUCGGUCAUCGAACCCUACAUUCCCGCCACUUCCCGCUCCAUCCUCACCCAGCUCAACGCAGACCUCCUCACCAUCCCGGACGACUGGCAGGCCUCCUCCAUCCAGCCCGGACACACGAUCGGUAAAGCGCAACAUCUCUUCAAGAACAUCAAGCCCGAAAAGGAGCAAGAAUGGCGCGAGCUCUUCGGCGGCGACGAGUUGAAGAAGCAGAAGGAAGCAGAGGCGGCGAAGAAGGCUGCACGGAAGGCGGAGAAGGACGCGAAGAAAGCCAAGAAGGCUGCUGAGAAGGGCAAAGAGAGCGUCGAGGCGGUGGAGAAGGAUGGAGCGCAGAGUAAUCCUAAGGCCGGUGAGGCGGUAGAGGAAGUUACGGAGGGAGUGAGGCAGGCGACGUUGCAGACGAGUUAG